AGGUUGUUUACCGUCGUCGUCGUCGUGAGCCAGCCGAUGCGGGAAAAGUGCUGACGCGAUACAUGUGCUAGUCAGUUAAGAUCGUCUUUCGUGACAGCCCUCUGGAGCGAACUGAAAGUCUCAGUCCCUCGUUCGGAUCGAUUACCUGUUCGACGUACUACCGCUAAAUCACCCACAGGAUCGAUUGCGCCAAGUUUUUUGUUCUAUAACGCCAGCCAGCGCAGUCCAGCCAUUCACCGUUAGGUAGAACAACCUGCCUGCCUGCAUCGCCAUCGAUCUCGAUCGAGCCCGAGCACUUAUGAUAAUGCAAGCAUAAGUUGCCAACCGCCACGAUUGAGCCGGCGCAGGGAAAUCGCCACCAUUACGCGGUCAACAUUCACCUUCCCCGGCCUCCGGCAUCCGGACGUACUGGUAGUCGCUCGUUCAUCGUGUCGCAGCGCCAGACAGUUACGGAUCUUACGCGUUUGCCGCCUCCCUCGCCACCGCCCCCCAAAACGAUCGAAGAUGUGAUAGUGCCACAAACGGCGAGCUUCAGCCAACAGAUUGCAAACUAUUUCCUCCGCAUCCGUCGCCGGACGACGCAAGUUGUUCACCAUCAGGACCGGAACCCGCUCUUCGUAUCGACCCAACAUUCCCCGGACGGCGCCAACACUUCCUCCUCAUCCACGGCAAUGGCCGCAACGGAUGGCCAAAUCAUUCUGGCGGCAUCUCGUUUUGGCGAUUCCCAGCCGGUCUAUCUGAAGGAUUUCGCCAAAACGGAUCUGCCGGCGGUCGGCAAAAUCGUAAAGGGCCAGUACUAUAACCUGGGCGUACCGACACUGUCGAAUCCGUCGCUUCAGAGCACUGCAUUAUUUCUCAAUGCCGGUAAGAAGUAUCAGAUUCUAGCGCAACCGGUAAAAAUCAAGGAAGGACGGAAAAGUACAAAUGUCGGACCGAAAGUGUUGAUCCCCGAAACCUAUCCGGGAUUCUUCGAGCUGCUCAGCGAGGAUGGCCGGUCGACACGUUGCAUCGAAAGCGUCCUGGAGCUGUCGAAGCGACGGAACUUCCGUGUGCUGGUGCGUGAAACCGUUCGCUGCAACCACAACAGUAAGUCGCUACACGCGGGCGAAAUUCUCACGACGAUCUCAGACAACGGCAAGUAUCUGCAGUGCAAGACGUCCAAGGACGAAAUCGUUAGUUUGCCAUUAGAAGCCAAAGCCAAAUUUUCACCUAUUGCUAAAGAGGAUAGUAUUAGCGGUGUACAUUCAGUCAGCAAUCUGUUACAGAAACGAAUGCCAGUAACUGUUAGGUUAGUCCACGGAACGGCCCCCAAAGGGAUGAAACAGCCGUUCAUACCGGAACUACGUCUACUGGGCUGUGUCGAAGUGGAUCGGAUAUUUGCCCUACCAUUGCAGAAAGAUAUGGAUCUGAUAUCGGUACCGUUAAAUGCCAAGAUAAAAAUUCAGAGAGCAAAGAACAUGGAUCAGUUGGAUCAUUUCAUUGAAUUUUCCCGCUUCCUGGACAAAGCGCAACGUCUGCUGGUGGAUGCCCGUGAUCGGUUGCAAAUCAUCGACUUAAAACUGGGCGAAAAGGAUAAGAAGGAAACAGCAAAACAGUCAGCCAAUCGGAAAGUAACGUCUAGCAUUUCCGGACUAACCGCCAACGGAUACGUACUGAAGAAAAGCAACAGCUGUGAUUCGAAUCGGUUUUCCCCGUCGCUCGGUGGAGGUAGUCAGAAUGGUUCGAUUGCCGAUGAAUAUGACGAAAUCGAUCAGAUCUAUGACUACGUUCGUGGCCUAGCGCCGUUACCGAAGAACCUCAACAAGUUCGAAGCGAUUGUGGAACCGGUUUCGUCGCCGGCUUUCACACCAGUCCCCACUCACCAGCAUAACCUCAAAACAGUCGAAAAUAUCAAAUUCUCCGCCAACAACAUCAACAACAAUUACAGUCACUACGACACCGGUAAUUAUUCCAACAUCAUCAAGCACACCAACAGCAGCAGCAUCAUGAACGGCAACAGUCUGGAGUCGACGAAGCACAGCUCCGCAACGGCUGCGGCAGCAGCAGCAGCAGCCGCCAACGCCGCCAACAACAACCACAUCAUCGUCCACAAGGAGGAACACAAACCGAUUCCACCGCCGAUCGAAACCAUUCCCGGCAAAAAGUUACCGGAAAAGCGGCAACGGCCAACGCUGCCGAAGUUGUACUUCAAGAACAACCUCGGAGGGCACCAGAAAAGUCCCACGUCCGGAGCGGUCAGCCCGCUGGGCGGCCAAGCCACCGGACAUGCAUCGCUAGCCAUCACCGGAACCCCGAAGGAGAUUAUGUUGGAACCGCAGAGUCCACUGUUUCAUAUUAGGUACAAAAGCCUCAGUUCGCUGCAACUGGCGCAGGAGUCCCACCCGCCAACGCCGAUCUCGCCCUCGCCCAAGGGAACGCAGGAGAAAAACCACAUACUAUCGAAGUCGGCCAGCGCCGGCCGGGAGGGCACGCUGGACUCGUCCCGCAGCGGUGGGCGCACUUCGGGUGACUCCAAGCUGCCGGAGAAGAAAACGCGUCGCCUCAGCCGGCCGCGUAGCCUCUCCAAUCUGGUGUGGGACCUGCGCCCGCACAAGUCGGAAAAAUCCAAGAAGAAGCUCUAUCUGCAUCAGUUCGAUCGACAGCAGGGGACGCUCUAUCUGUAGAGAGGGGAUUUGCCGGUAGGACCGAGUGUGUCCAAUUUAAUAAGAUUUCGUCAAUACAUUUAGUCAACUGCGGAAGAAGUUCAAUCAAUUUUAAAUCAGGUCGGAUAUCAUGUUUGUUAAAUACUGUCCAUUCCAGUGAAAUUAAAGUUCUUAAACUUUCACUUCUCUGCAUGUGAUGAUGUUCGCUUUGAAAAUGUUUGCUGAAAGGUAGGGUUAUCACACCAAGUUUAGUAAGUGUUCGUAGAACGGUAGACGAGUCUAGGUCCAAACCAUUUUAGAUUGAAUACUCAAACUAAUUUCAAAUAAUAGUCACUUUGUGUUCAUUCGACUUUAAACCUAUUGGUAAAGGAAUUUUUUUUUCACUAGGAAAAUUUACUCACCCAAGUUCAGUUUCACGGUUGCUAGAAAACUUUCGGGUUGGUGUGACUUAACAGGGCUCCUUGGUCGUUCUUCAACACAUUGAGAAAAUAAACAUUCAUAAACACACUAUUUAUAAACAAAAACUAAGCAAAAUUUAAUCUGCUGUAUUUGCGCACUUCAGUCAAGCAAAUGUCAACAUUGAAAAAAAAAGAUAACGAAAAAACGAAUAAAAAAUAAGGCAUUAUUGAAAAUUGUGAAUGAGAAUCAAGCGUGGCUUGCUUUGACGAGCGAUGCGCGUGAUGUACAGGAAUUGGAUGAAACAAAAAAAAAACUAAACAAGAAAAAACGAUAAAGCAAAGAAAACUCAUAUAUCAAACAGUUUAUAGUUUUACUUUCGCCAUUCGUCGUUAAGGCUGUGGUAUUAUUACUUAUUUGUGCUGUUCAAGUAAACUUAAUAUUAAAAAAAAACAAACAAUUAUGCUGAUUCCGCGAAACGACGCAAAACGAGUGAAACAAGUUAAAAGCCGAUCGAUUUGAUUACUUUAGUUUUAUGAAAGACAAAGCAAAGACAUUAUUUAACUAUUAUUUUUUAUCGUAUCUCGUCUCUCCAGAAGAAGAUUCGCCGUGUUUAACCACUUGAAAAGUCUAAGUUCGUUUGCUUUUCCGGGAAAGGACGGGAUGAAAGGAUUUGUGCGAAUCGUUCCCAGCCAGCGCAGGAAGCAAUUGAAAUUUUCACCUUUCAAGAGUAACCGUGUUUUAUUAGUCCCUAUAAAAAAAACUUACGACGUCGUCAAUGAGCAAAAUGCUAGCAGUUUAACAAAAAAUGUAAACUAGAAAGUAAGAUUUUACUCAACCGCGUGUGUUAGAAGUUGAAUCCAUACAGUCAGAGCUCUAACUAUUUUCAUAUUAAACGUAUGGUAGGUUUUUUGUUGGUAAUUUUGUUUCAAUCUUAACGUGCAACACUGGACAAGAGUUUUGCAAAACGAAGAAGAAAAAUUAACUCAAAAUUCUUGGCCCAUUUGUAGUGAGACACAUACCUACAACAGACAGCUUGUUCGUGUAAUGUUCAUAGUGGAUAUUCGUUUCGUGAAAUUGCAAAAACUUUACGAACGAUGCCCAUUUCUUAAGUAUUCAGCAAAUCUAUUAGAAAAUAUUUUAUUGAAAGAGAUGAG